CCGUACGACGCUCAUUUGUGGAAGCACUAUCGGGAUUUCCUCCUCCAAGAAUCUUUGCUCACUCACAAACCCCCAAGCCCAUAAACAAUCCGCAUCACGAAACAAAAACAUUCUCCCACCCUUCAUCUUCAUCUUCAACAUCGACCUCAAUCCACUCACUUUCUGCCGACAACGCACCCUUCUCGCCGUCGAAUCCCCCUUCCAACUCCUCCUCAUCAGCUUCAUGCAAAGUUUCAAGCCGACGCAUAUUGUCCUUCUUCUUAACCGUACCAUCGCCGACAUCCGUAAACCCACCACCAGUCACAUCAGAUCCUUCCGUUGUCUCACUCUUCGUAUCCCCCUCCUUCCCCCCAAUCUUAACAUUCAACCCCCGUAGCCUAGUAACUAACGCGUUAACCCUUCCAAUUUCGCUCCUGAGCACAUCUUCAGCACCCAAAAGCUUCUCGCUGUGCUGUCGGAGUGUGGCGUAGUGGCUGUUGAGACGGGAGCGAAGAGAGAGGAGAUUCGUUGCGGCGGUGGUGGACAUGGUGGUGUUGUUGUGGUGAGUGGGGCAGUUGAUAUGGGGGAGGGAAGAAGGGAAGAAUGGAGGUGGG